AUGAUUCACUAUCAGUACUGUGGUCAUGUCACCUCUCCUGUCUUUGAAAGAUGCUCGCAAGGAAGUUUCUAUGAAAACGUCCAUCCCAACGACUCCUGUCAAGGAUUCAAGGAGGUCACCGCUGAGCGAUACCAGCGUUGCCCUCAAUGCCUCGCCAACCCUCCUUCGUCCGGUGGCCUUCGAGGAUUUUUGGAUGGUCUCUCCCGCAGAGCAUCAGUGCCUCCACUCCCUUCUGAUCAAGUUUCUGCACCUGAGGUAAACCGUAGAGCAAGCCUUUUCUCGAACUCCACGGUAAGUAGCGCUAGACCCAGCAUGUUUUCUACCAGCGCUACCAGAGCGGAUACUGUCAGGGCCCCCUCAGUCGCAACAACAAUGGACGAUGAGCCUACCCCUCUUUCUCAAAGACUCACAGGUCUCUUCUCUACUUUCAAGAGACGCGAUACUAACAUCAGUUCGAGCGGAAGAGAAAUCAUCCAUCUGAACGAACCUGUCUUCAAACAGAGAGAAAUAUCCCAGGCACCGAAAACAUUCAACAAUACAAUGAUCCCUAUGCAACAAGAAUCUCGCCCAAAGACCCCGGAAAAUCGCAACAACAAGGAAGAAAGCCACUUUGAGAAGAAGUUAUCAAAGGACUUCUGGUCUGGUUUGGAUAACCUAAAGUAG